AUGGCCGACGCCCUGCACCCGUCGCUGGCCCAGUGCGCCCUCGUCGCCACGGCGCUCAAGCUGCUGCUGCUCCCUGCGUACAAAUCCACCGACUUCGAGGUCCACCGCAACUGGCUGGCCCUCACCCACUCGCUGCCCGUCCGCCAGUGGUACUACGAGAACACCUCGGAAUGGACCCUCGACUACCCGCCUUUCUUUGCCUACUUUGAAUAUGCGCUGUCUCAGGCCGCCCGCCUGGUCGAGCCCGGUCUGCUCAACGUCAAGGCGCUUGGCUACGACACCUGGCAGACCGUUUACUUCCAGCGGGCCACUGUGAUCGUCACCGAGCUGGUCCUGGUCUAUGCUCUCCACCUAUACGUCAAGACAGCCAAUUCGCAGAAGCUUGCCCAUGCUGCUUCCCUGUCGGUCCUGCUGUCGCCGGGCCUGCUGAUCAUUGACCACAUUCAUUUCCAGUACAAUGGCUUCCUCUUCGGCAUCCUGGUCCUGUCCAUGGUGCUCGCCCGUCGCCAGUCGACGCUGCUGCUGAGCGGCUACCUCUUCGCGGCCCUGCUGUGCUUCAAGCAUCUGUAUCUGUACGUUGCGCCGGCGUAUUUCGUAUACCUGCUCCGCGUCUAUUGCUUGAGCCCGCAGUCCAUUUUCCGGAUCCAGUUUUUCAACUGCCUGAAGCUUGGCCUUGGGAUCAUCGCCAUCUUCGCCGCUGCCUUUGGGCCUUUCGUGUACUGGAGCCAAAUCCCGCAGCUGCUGACCCGCCUCUUCCCGUGGGACCGUGGCUUGACUCACGCGUACUGGGCCCCCAACGUCUGGGCGAUGUACUCGUUCACCGACAGGGUUCUGCUGUAUUUGGCGCCGUACCUCAAUCUGCCCGUUGACCGGUCGGCGGCAACUAGCCUGACUAGAGGCUUCGUUGGGGACACGCAGUUCGCCGUUUUACCGGAUGUGCCGAAGCAGGCAACCUUCGCCCUGACCCUGCUCUUCCAGAUCAUUCCGCUCAUCAAGCUAUUCCUAAAACCGACAUGGGAGAUCUUCAUAGGCGCUGUAACGCUCUGUGGGUACGCAUCCUUCCUCUUCGGAUGGCACGUGCACGAGAAGGCCAUCUUGACGGUCAUUAUUCCCUUCAGCCUUAUCGCGCUUAAGGACCGCCGGUAUCUCGGAGCGUUCCGCCCUCUCGCCGUUGCCGGGCACGUGAGCUUGUUCCCCCUGCUCUUUACCGCCAUGGAAUUUCCCAUCAAGAUUUUGUACACCAUCUUCUGGCUGGUGGCUCUGCUUCUGGCGUUUGACCGGUUGGCGCCUGCUUCCCCACAGCCGCGGUUCUUCCUCCUGGAUCGCUUCGCGCUGCUGUACAUCACAGUGGCAAUUCCACUGAUUGUGUACACAUCGUUUGUGCACCAGCUCGUCUUCGGUGCACGCCUCGAGUUUCUUCCUCUGAUGUUUACGAGCUCGUACUGUGCCGUUGGCGUAUUUAGCAGCUGGGUCAGUUUCCUAAACGUAUAUAUGACAUCGUGA